CGGCUAUUACCGUUUUCCUUAAUUUAAAAUAUUACCGCAUAGGCGCAGAUAUAAAAAUGAACGAUAACAGCGAUGCAUUUUUCAUAUAAGUGCUAAGAGCUUACGCAUAACAUAACAUGGAAACCGCUUGUACAUGGGUAAAAUCGCCUUAAUAGAUUUACCUCCUUCGCUCUAAUUACCUACUGAUUUACGAGUGUCAAUUAAGUGUCCGUAUUGACCGCGCGUGUGUUGAGCCUAUGCACCAUGGCUGGUAAACUCUUGGUCUGGAUAACCUUAGGCCUAUGUUUACAACAAAGUAUCGCGGCUUCAACGCAGACCUGCAAAUCCAGCGACUGCAUAUUAAAAUGCUGUCCUCCAAAACAAAUAAUGCUCGUUACCUACGAUGAAGAUGACAACGAUAUCCGUGAAUGUGUCGAUAGUCGUAAAGUGGCAAAAUAUGGUGUCCAAAACCCUGAAGAUUAUUCAGAUUUCAGUAUUUAUAAUGAAGAUAUUCAGAGGAAAGUUGUUAAAUCGAAGAAAAGCGUGCGUGACUUUAAUCUCAUUUAUGUCGCCAAUUUUACUACUAGUGAUCAAUGUUUUCGGUUUGAUAGCAUCAGCGACACCUAUCUUUUAGAGAAUGGCAAAUGGACUAUGCGGCGACGUAACUACUGGCACCAAUGGACCAUGUUCGAGCCGGGCCAGUUCUGUAUCGAGAACGAGGUGGCCGUACUGGACGGCAAACUUGAGUCCGACAAGACUCCUUUGUUCUGUCUGGCGCGCCCUUCUGAGCCGCCGCCGUCGAACCGCCGAGCGUUGACUAGUGCUUACGGUCUGCUAGUAUCAUGCGUGUUUCUACUCCUCGUGUUAGCGGUAUACGCUCUGCUGCCCGAGCUUCGCAACCUGGCCGGCCUGAUACUCAUGGCGUGCAUGGCGACGUACUUCGCGUUCUUCUUCAUCAGAAUCGUGCACGUGUUUGGGAACGAGAGUGAAGUGCUGUCGACGAAUGGCUGUGUUGCACUAACAAUAAUAUUCCAUUAUAUGACGAUAGCUACUUUCUGUUGGAUGAAUGUUAUGUCUUUUGAUAUCUGGUGGACGUUCAGGCGAGUCCGCAAAUCAAAGACCCACCGUCGCGGCAUAAUGUACAAGUUCUGCUGGUACUGCGCGUACGCAUGGGGCCUGCCGGCGCUGGCCACGCUCUUCGUCAUCACCGUCGACCAGCUGGAUCUUAGCCAUUUGCCCAACUUCGUGCAGCCGCACCUGUUCACCAUGUGCUACUUUGAUCCGGAUACUCACUUGUUAUACGUCAGCAUACCUAUUUUCGUUCUGAUCUGCGUCAACCUGAUCCUGUUCGUGAUGUCUGCGUACAACAUCUGGCAGAUCAAGCGAGGCAUCGACAAGUACAAGGAUAGUGCGAGCAACCAGAACAACGAACACAGGUUUUGGGUGUACUUGAGGCUGUCUCUGCUAAUGGGCGUGUCCUGGAUUCUGGAGGUGAUCAGCAACCUGGUACACACACAGUCUGCCGUUUGGAUGAUCUCCGACCUCUACAACGCUCUCAUUGGACUAUUCAUUUUCCUUUUAUUUGCUUGUAAAAAGAAGAUCUUUCUUCGGUUAUGUGACAGGUUCUCAGUCAACAACAAGUUCGUAGAGUACGUGCGCGCGCGCACUCACGACGCGCGCGCCGCCGACGCUCCGGCCAGCCAUCACACUGACAGCAGCGAUAUCGAGUACUGGACGCCGAGUUAUAAGGAUAUUAAAUACAAGUCUGAACGAAUAACACGAGUCCACAAAAAACUGGAUAAUUUUACUUUAAUUUAUAACGAAGGGUUCCUCCUCGAUUACGAAUGUUCUGUAGAUACAGAAUGUUCGUUUCCGAAACCAGAUUAUAUAGUUUAUAUUUUAGAGAGCGGUGGUGCAGUAGUAAGACGCCUAAAUUAUUUAAAUCAAUGGUUUGUCGAAAUUCCACCGGGCAAUGUUUGCAUCGAGCACCAGAUCAGCCUGAAGCCAGAUGGCAAAAUUUCAGAACCCAAGUUGGUAUUCAGAAUGCAGGUUGGUGGUGAAGAAGAAAAGAAACCAUUUGACAAAAUUACAUUAACUACUAGUGGGAUGCUGGUCUCCUGCGUAUUCCUUCUCCUAUUGCUGGCGGUCUACGUGCUGCUCAAGGAGCUGCGGAAUAACCUGGCGGGCAUCAUGAUGAUGACAUACGUGUGUUCCCUCAUCGCUGCGUUCUUCACCAGGGCCUUGCAGAUCCUUCUUAUCAAACACCGUUUGAUACCGAAGGCCACGUGCGUAUGGAUGGGCCUUCUGGCGCAUUACACCGUGGUGGCAAGUUUCACAUGGAUGAAUGUCAUGUCCUUCGACAUCUGGUGGUCAAUGAGGGGUUUCCGUAAGAUGCGUCUGAUCCAUCGGCGAGGUAUACUGGUGAAGUUCGGUUGGUACAGUUUGUACGCCUGGGGUGCGCCACUGUUGCUCACCCUAUUCAUCAUCAUUGUCGAGAACCUGGACUUGACGCACCUGCCGAACUUCGUUAAAUCCAACUACAAGAAUCAAAUGUGCUUUAUCGAAGAUGACGAACUGCUGUUGUACUUGUAUUGCCCGAUCUUAAUGACGACCUGCAUCAACAUCAUGUUGUUUCUGAUGACCGCGUACAACAUAUGGCGUGUCAAGCAUGGCGUGGCUCAGCACAAUCCUGGCAACAGCCGGAGCAACAAGAAGGAUGAGACUAGAUUUGGCUUCUACCUUAAACUAUCCCUCGUGAUGGGACUCAACUGGAUUUUGGAAGUAGUGAGUGCCGUGAUCGAACAUGACUCCGUGUGGUGGUACGCUACAGACGUCUUUAAUUCAUUCACCGGACUGGUUAUCUUCGUAAUAUUCAUUUGCAAGCGGAGCAUUAUCAUAAAACUCUGUAAAAGGUUCGGCAUUGAACAUGAUUUAAUACGGAAAUGGCAGCCGGUUGAAUCCAGCAAUACUGAAAGUACGCGGGUAAGCGACAGAAACAGAAGCAGCAGAAGAAAAAUUCUUGAUUCCGUAACGGACACAAGUGAUGUUGAAGUCCAAGAAAAAAAGUAUUAUGCCAGCCACGGGAACUUGAAAUGGAGUGAUAAACCGGCUUCAUAAAAAUCAUGAGAGAUUUUGGUUCUGUAAAUAUCUUACAUGCAUUUUCAUUUAUACCAGAGUAGACAACUAGUCUUAUAGAUUGUGCGCACAAGUAAAUACGAACUUAACUGCAGACAGCAGACUUGCAAGAUACGAGCUAAUUAUU